AUGGACCUCGAGACUCGCAUCAAAGCCUACCGUUUCGUCGCCUACUCGGCCGUCACCUUCUCGGUGGUCGCCGUGCUGUCGGUAUGCGUGACGCUGCCGAUGGUGUACAACUAUGUGCACCACGUCAAGCGCUCCAUGCAGAAUGAGAUCACUUUCUGCAAGGGAUCCGCCAAGGAUAUCUGGAGCGAGGUCAACCACCUGAAGAACCUGCCCACCGGCAACCGUACCGCCCGUCAAUCCGGAUACGGUGGUGACGCCGCCGUCGGAGGCUCCGGCUCUGCUGGAGGCUCUUGCGACUCGUGCUGCCUCCCUGGACCCGCUGGAGCCGCCGGAGCUCCCGGAAAGCCUGGACGCCCCGGAAAGCCCGGAGCCCCUGGACUCCCCGGAAACCCUGGACGCCCGCCACAGCAGCCUUGCGAGCCGCCCGGAGCCGACGGAAACCCGGGAGCCCCUGGCCAGCCUGGACAGGCCGGAGCCGCCGGAGAGAAGGGUAUCUGCCCCAAGUACUGCGCCAUCGAUGGAGGAGUCUUCUUCGAGGACGGAACUCGCCGC